CCUCCUGGUGCGCCCACAUACGGCCUAAAAAGGAUUUCAUCAUGUGAAUGGACAUUUACCCGUGGAAGGUGACGUGAAAGACCUCGGAGAUUAUCUCCACCUGAGAUAAUCCUCAGGAUGAAUGGUUCACCCCAGAAUUCGGAAGCCGUUGGCUCCAGACGAUCCGGCCUCGAGAACAGUGAUGAUGAGGAUUGGAGUACUGUCGUUGAAUGUGCGGUGUUGGAGAGAUCCAAAACGGAUCGAGUGACACGCAGUGAUGAAGACCGUCGGCGGCGCACUAUCAUCGUAGAAAAAAAAAAUGGAAGUUAUGGUUUCACAUUACAGAGCUAUGGGAUUCAUUACAAAAGAGAGCAAGAAAUCGAGAUGGUGACGUACGUUGAUUACGUGGAAUACGAUGGUCCGGCAUUCAAGGCAGGAAUGCGCGAAGGAGAUGUGAUUCUCUCGAUAAAUGGUCACGAGAUGGACCGGGCUGACCACAAAACCCUCGUCAAUUUCAUAAAGAAUUGCGAUGCCCGAAUGCGAAUGGUCGUCUCUUUUGAGGAUUGUGUCAGGAAAGUCGAACUCCACAUGCGCUACAUUGAGCUUCAGCGUGCCUUGCAAUCACGUUUAUCCGAAUUAGAACGUCUCUGUGAGCGCGAAAAAUCCAUUCUCAUGGGCAGAUGGAAGACACAUUCUUUGCCAGCGAGAAAACGAACACCUAAUUGCGGAGCAAGUGAUCAAACUCCUGGAUCCGGAGUCUCCACUUUAAAUACAUCGACGGUCCAGUGCUGCAGACCAGCAACAUCAACGGAACAUCUUUUAUUAUAUAGCGUUUACGCAGAUGGUCGUCCGUGCCUUAUACCUCGCAGCACAGCAUGUCUAGUAGCGGUGGGUCCCCCGCGCUCCAGAAGCGAUCAUCAUCAUUUUUUAUCAAAGGCCUCAAACGACUCAACGAUUUCCUCCCGUCACAGCUACCACCAGGCGAACGGCUCCUCAACCCCCGCCAAAUCCAAGGCCGUCCACAAAACCCCAUCCCCAUCCUGUUCUUCAAAAGACUCCAACCCUCACCACACGUCAUCCCACACCAGCAACAGUCUGUGCGUCGCCUGCAUUUCGAGUGCCAAUCGUCGAAGAGACCCCGCUGACGGAGGAAGCCUAGAUGUCUACGACCUAGCCAGCCCCUGCUGUGAUCCAAACUGUGUUCCGAGCAGAAGAAGACGAGAGAAGCAAAGACGAGCGAGGAAUGAGGCGCAACAGGCCCAACAGGCCCAACAGAUCCAACAGCAAACUCAGCAGCAAACUCAGCAAAUACAGCAGCCGCAACACCACAAUCAGAAGGAGCACAAUCAAGGACAGCAGCACACGGGUCACUCCUGCCCCAGGUCAUCAGGUCACAGUCUUCACUCGAUAACAUCGAGUGAUGUCUCGACGACAGUUGAGAGUGGUGCAUCCUGCUCGACAUCCUUGAGUACAGAUACUCUCUACUGGGAUCCCAAUGUUCAACACCGACCACCACCCUGCAUUCAAUAUCCCAAACCCAAAUCCUGGGACAAUCUCACCACUAAAGCUUUUGGAGGGUAUGGGUUUGGAUAUGGAUAUCUGGAUACUGCCUCUAUCAAAACUCACAGCGCAGAGAGACCGGGGAAAGGCCACAGAGCCAAAACUCCUACAUCCUCCGGUCAGAGACGAUCAGGGGGGUCUGUCUACUCCGGAAGCUCCAGUGGAACCUCCAACAGACACUUCCAACCGACCAAAUCUACGGAGAGUUUACUCGGCCAGAGCCCGUAUCAGAGCGAGGUCGAUUCUUCGAGUUUGAGCUGCGAGUGUCUCGAUGGGAACACCAGGUUUCUCCAUAAAAGGCAAGAGGAGGCCACUUAUGCUGGGGGAAGUGGCCAUCAUCUCGCUAGAAAUCGUAGGAGCAGCCAUGGGGAUGGCAAACUCAGAACUCCUGCUAAUGCUAGCUCUGAGGUUACAAGAUUGUAAUGAGUAGAUGCCGAAUGUUUAAUAAAUUGUG